UGGAGCAUUUCUUGUCUGCGACGCCGGUCUCUGGUCCUCGGCCCAGAAUCACAGCUCGCCCGUCCUCCAGAGGGACCCGAGCCCCGGAGGCACCAACCAGCGCACACGACAUCGCAAAAUAACUGCAGCUACUUUCAGUAAUUAUUCAUCUGGAAAAACUCUGUGCUACUCCCAAACGUUAAGAGGACAACUGGACGUCUAGGUGCAGCUAUUUCAACAAAACUCCCUUCAACACAUUUUACAUUCUCCACCCACUGCAACCCUUAAAGCGUCACUCAAUCUCAGCAUGGCUGAGCAGCCCAUAACUCAGCAACAUGAAAGGGACUACGUGUCCCUCAUGAGAGGCCUGAGAGAGCUUGAUCUUCGUGGGCCCGCUCUUCCCAGUGACCUUGUGCUGAUUGGAGAUGAUUCGUUCCCUUUAGCUAUGAACAACAAAGGUCAGGUCCCAGUGGCCGCCUCUCUGUAUGGCAGUGGAAGGAUCGUUGUCCUGGGUCAUGAGAGCUACCUGACUACCUUUCCUGCACUGGUAGAAAAUGCUGUAGUCUGGCUGAGAGGAGACACCUCUAACAACCUGUCUGUGGGUGUCCAUAUAUCUGCCAGUGCUGUUGCAGCUAAUCUAAGUAGAGCUGGCUUCCAAGUAGAAGUUGUGGGAGCCUUUAGUGACAAUCCAGGGGUUGGUGUUUAUGUGACGGACGCCUACAGCGUGGGUGAAGACCCAAAAGACCUAGUGGCAUUCCUGAAAGCUGGAGGAGGAGUGUUGAUUGCAGGUCAGGUGUGGAGCUGGGCUGCGGAGCACCCUAAGGAGAAUGCAUUGCUUGAGUUUCAAGGAAAUAAGGUCUGCGGUGUGGCAGGGAUUUACAUCUCUGAGCGUCAGUGCGAGGUAGAGUGCCUGCCCGUCUACCCUCAGGUCCCAGCCUCCUGGAUGUCCAUAGUUCUUGGUAAGAAUUUUGAGGAUGACCUGGAGUUCUUACUCCAGGGGGUUUCAGAGUUCGACGUCCAGGGUGGAUCUCUGUUUUCUGAGGUACUUGUCCAUGGUUCGCUGGCUUUUCCGAUUGCAACCUCUAAUGAUGGACGAGCGUUUGUGGCGGGGGCCUAUUAUGGUCAGGGACGGGUUAUUCUGAUUUCACAUGAAGGGUUCAUGGGAAACCAGAAUCUGGCUCCCUUCUUGAAGAAUGCCAUUCGCUGGUUGGAUGAAGGCCGGCAAGGGGUUGUGGGUCUGCUGCACCAUCCUGCUUUUGAUGUCCUCAGUGCGUCCGGGCUACAGUGCGAGAAGACAAACUUAAGAAAAGACCUGAGUGUGUUUGUGUGCACAGCGUACAGCGAUGGCCAGGCCGAGGAAAUCCAGCAGUUUGUCGCAGAGGGAGGGGGCCUUCUGAUUGGAGGACACGCCUGGUACUGGGCCCAGACACACUGUGGACAAAACCCAUUAACAGACUUCCCAGGAAACAAGAUCCUGAACAAAAUGGGCUUAAGCCUAAUGGGUGCAACGAUCGGAGGAGGGCUGUACAAGGCGCCGGUACCGAGCCAGGCCAUCAACGACUCCUACCACUUCCGUGACCUUCUGCGGCGCUUUGCCGGCCACGUGACCGAGGGCGCGGAUCUAACAGCGCAAGAGGAGGAAUGUCUCAAAAAGCUGGGCAAAGACUGCUCCACCUACUUGAACAUGAAGGCCCACGACUGCGCCUCCUACAGACAGGUCCUGUCCACCCUCACUGACAUCCUGAUGAAGACGGGUAUGCCACAGGUGAGUGAGCACUGCCCUGUGACAACUCCCAGAGAUCACCUGCUCCUCCGAAUGGGGGCGGAAGUGUUCAAGGUCUCCCCGGAUCCCGACGCUCUGAUGCCCUACCUCAUCAAGAAUAACCCGCUGAUGCCAGUUGUGUAUAAUCGAAGGAUCAGGAUCAAUGUGAACACAGCAGGAGGAGCAGAGUGGAUUAGUACCGGCCUUUAUCUCUCACCUGGUAUGAAGACUUACAUCUCCAUACCAGCAGCGAUCAUCAACAAGGACUGGAAGAUCCAGAUUGGCUGCCAGACAGACUACCUGAAUUCAGAUGAGCUGAAAAGAGCGCCGUGCGUUCACGAGCAGUUUCCCAUGACCUCGGAGAUGGUGCAGGUGUGGAACCUCUGGGGGGGCCUCCUGUACGUGGUGGCGCCGCCAAACACUCAAGUGAGCGGCGUGGAGGUGGUGGUGCAGAUGGCUGUGCCGGCGCCGUAUUAUAAAUCUGGCGAGACGACAGCAGCCGACUGGUCGCUGCUGCGUACGGCUCCCUCACCGUGGGCGGAGCUGGAGUUUGAGAACAUCAUCCUCAUGGUGCCGUCGGAGGUUGUGCGGGAUCUGGAUCGUCCUGAUUUGGUGGCCGCUCAGUGGGAUAAAAUCAUGAGGGCCAUCGCUGACCUGGCUGCUAUACCACACAAGUUCCCUCGCAAAGAACGCUUUUUGACCGACGUGCAGAUUUCACACGGCUGGAUGCACUGUGGUUAUCCUGUCAUGGCGCCCAAGUGCGUAGCAAAGGACUUGCUCCGUGUUCAAGACAUGUGGGGCCCCAUUCAUGAGCUAGGACACAACCAGCAGAGAGGCUGCUGGGAGUUCCCACCACACACCACAGAGUGCACAUGUAACCUGUGGUCGGUGUAUGUGCACGAGGAGGUGCUGGGAAUCAACAGGGCUCAGGCUCACCCAGCUGUGACUGCAGCAGAUCGAACCACACGACUAGAGGGGUACGUAAAGGGCGGGAGGGAUCUCAACCAGUGGAACACGUGGAUGGCUCUGGAGACUUACCUGCAGCUCCAGGAGAGGUUUGGCUGGGAUGCCUUUAAGAAGGUGUUUGCUGCCUACCAUACCAUGUCCAACUUUCCCGGUGACAACAAAGGAAAGAUGAACCUGUACGCUGAGACCUUCUCUCAGACUGUGCAGCUGAACCUGUGUGGAUUCUUCAAGGCCUGGGGCUGGCCCAUCGAAGCCUCCACUGAGCAGAAGCUGUCCAACCUGCCUCCCUGGACCGACCACCCGCUGGUCAAGUAUGGCUGAACUGUGUCUGCUGCGGCUUUAAGACUAGUUUAAAGAGAGUUGUCGGUGGGUGAUUGGGUGUUUAGAGGGAAAGUCAACGUCAUUCAGUUUUGUGUCUCAAUGAUUAUAUUGGACUUUAGGGAGGUUGUUAAAUACUUUAAGACCAAAAUAAGAGCACCAAUAAUGUCUUUAAACCAUUUCUGAUAUGUAGACUCUUUUUUUUAUUUGUUGGUCAGUUGGUUAAUGUUGAAUGUGCACUAAUUAGCUUUCAUAUAUGUACUUAUGUGUUUCAAUUUCAUGAAAUGUCACCUAAUAAAAUCUCUUUUUCUUGCAUAUUAAAAACAUAGGCUCAAAAAAA